GAUACACAGACCGCAUAAACGCCAUGUGCGGCACAAGAACUUACAUGGCCCCGGAAAUGUUAAUGGUUAUUGGAUAUGGCAUGGCAGCCGACUGGUGGGCCCUUGGAAUCAGUAUAUACGCUAUGCUCAUGUAUGAGUUACCAUUCAACAAUGAAGAUCAGAAUGAGCUAGUGAACAGCAUCCUUUAUGAUGAAAUCGAGCUGCCAGAAGAACUAUCAGAGGAUGCCUCUAAUUUAAUAUAUGAAGUAAGUUGGCCCUAGCACAUCAGUGUCAUGUGACUUUAUCAACCUGUUAUGCUAAGGGAAUAC